AUGGCUCGAAACAAGGCGUCUUCCGUCAAACCCAAACCGAAACCAAAACAAACCACCGAGAAAUCAGCAAAGCCGCGGCUGAGCAACGCUGAGCGGUCUGCUUACUUCGCUAGAAGAGAAGCAGCCAAGGUUUUACACUCUGUUCUUCAAGGCGACGCUAAUCGCCAAGCGGUUGCCUCCAUUAAAUCACUUGUCUACAGCCCUUCCAUUAGAAACAAAAAAGCCACUUUCGCUCUUGUUUGCCAAACUCUCAAACAUCUAAAAAUAAUCAAGGAUGUUUUGGAGAUUGCUAAAAUACUUAAUAGCAAGUGGAAGAGACAAGAGGAAUUGGUUUACAUUAUAGCUUAUGACAUUUUAUUUGGCAAGGAAAUUUCUUUGGUUGGUGGUGAUGCGGAGAAGUUUGUUACUUGUCGGAAAGGUGCUAUGCAGUCAGCUUUGGCUAAGCUUUUACCUCCGGAUAUUACAAAACCCUGUUGCGUUCGUGUAAAUACUAUGAAAUUGGAUGUUGAUUCUGCCUUGUAUGAAUUAGGGAAACAAUUCAAGGUUCAGAAGGAUGACAUGAUACGUGACUUGUUGGUACUGCCACCGCAUACUGAUUUGCACAAUCACCCUCUAGUCUUGAAUGGAAGCGUCUUUGUACAACAUGUGAAGUUCGGUUUCUAUAGGAUUCUUUUAAAUAAGUAUGAGAUAGGAAAGGUGCAGGGGUUUAAUUUGACCAAAAAGGUUUGCAGUGCAAAGGGAAAGGCAAGUUCAAUGGUGGCAGCAGCUCUUGAUCCCAAACCAGGAUGGAAGUGGGCCCUGGUUCUUGAUGCAUGUUCAGCUCCAGGGAACAAAACCGUCCACCUUGCUGCCCUUAUGAGAGGAAAGGGGAAAAUUAUUGCAUGUGAGCUGAAUAAGGAUAGGGCUAAACGUUUAGAAGACACUAUUAGACUCUCUGGUGCUGCCAACAUUGAAGUUCUGCAUGGUGAUUUUCUAAACAUUGACCCAAAAGGUUCUCCUUUUUCAAAGGUCUCUGCUAUUCUUUUAGAUCCUUCUUGCUCUGGAUCUGGGACUGCUGCUCAAAGAUUAGACCAUUUACUCCCCUCUCAUGCCACUGAUGUUGUUGACACCCAGAGAUUGAACAAGCUUGCAGCUUUUCAAAAGAAGGCUCUGGCCCAUGCGUUGUCUUUUCCAGCGGUUGAAAGAAUUGUUUACAGUACAUGCUCCAUCAGUCAAAUUGAAAAUGAAGAUGUUGUUAGUUCAGUUCUCCCUUUGGCCACAUCCAAUGGUUUUCAGCUGGCGACUCCCUUUCCUCAAUGGCAACGCCGCGGUCUCCCAGUUUUUGAAGGCUCUCAACAUUUGCUUCGAACUGAUCCAGUUGAGGACAGAGAAGGCUUCUUCAUUGCUCUCUUUGUCAAGAAGAGUUCUGUUAAGAAUUCAGAGGAACUAACUGGAAGCUGGAAAACCGCUGGAUCUUUUUUAAAUGAUGAAGGCCCGUUAAAAAGAUUUCGCUAUGUGAAGAAGAAAAAAAUUGCUUUGCCUGUAUUCUACAGAGGCAUUUUUAAACCGUGGUUGCACACUAAGAGUAUGUUGAUAAGAAAUACAUACAAAUCCUGUAACAGGAGGACAAUCCAAACUUGA